AUGGGCCUCACAGCAAGUCCAGUGGUGAGAUCGAGUCUUCUUGAAUUACUUACUGUCGAGUCGAAUCUUGCUUCAGUGUGCAAGACACCCCGUGUUCAUCGCCAAGAGCUAUUGAAGCAUACUCACCGACCUCAUCUGCAGCAAAUUUUGUUUACCCCACUGGAACCCGAAGAGCUGUUGGGAAAUGACACUUUGAGGGCUCUUCAAUUUGCUUGGGAGACCUUGGACAUUAAUGAAGAUCCAUACGUGAAGAGUCUCAGAGGAAGCCCGGACAACGACGCUCAACUACAAAAAACUCUCUUGACCCGAAAGACAUACUGCAACGAGCAAAUAAAAAAGUUGGUUGACCGAAGCUGUCACAUCUUCGAAGAGCUGGGGGACUGGGCUGUCGAAUAUUUCAUACGUGCAUGUAGCGAACAAUUGAGGUCCAAACUUGACGACUCUUCCGUGAUGGUUGGCUGGGAAGACGAGGAAAAAGCCUACAUCAUGGAGUUUAUGGACCGUCUCCCCAUCUCAGAUGUUCCUUGCACAAAAAUAGAGGAUUUUUGUAUAUCGCCUAAGUUAGAAGCUCUCAUGGCCUUUUUGGAUGGCAUAUAUGAUCCAGAAUUUUCGGGCAUUAUUUUUGUACAGCAAAGGGCUACAGUCAGUGUGAUGGCCAAAUUAUUAUCAGUCCACCCUUUGACAAAGGAUCGCUUUCGAUGUGCCGCUUACGUUGGCUGGUCUAACGGUGGUGGCAUGCGCAAAGACAUGAUAAGCGGGCUUCUUACUAUGGAAAUGCAGCGAAACACUCUGGACGAGUUCCGUGAUGGGCAUAAGAACCUCAUUAUAGCGACCGACGUCUUGGAAGAAGGAAUCGACAUCAGUUCGUGCAAAGUGGUUGCUUGCUAUGAUAAGCCCCCGAAUCUGAAAUCGUUCGUACAACGACGGGGCCGUGCUCGGCAGAGAGAGUCAGUAUUCGCGAUUCUGCUCUCAACAUUCGAUGAAUCUUCCAAUUUAAGCAAGUGGCAGGCCCUGGAGAAAGCUAUGAUGGAGGCCUAUCAGAAUGAUGAAAGACUUCUCCAAGAGGCACGGAAUCUGGAGAGCUUCAAUGAAGAUAUAAAGGAAAGGUUUACUGUCGAGUCUACCAGCGCUGUUUUGACCCCAGGCGAAGCUGUCGCACAUCUACAUCACUUCUGUUCGGUGCUUCCUCGAGAUCCCUAUGCAAGUAACAGACCAGAAUUUUCUUUUGAAAUUAAUGAUGUCGGGCUUUUGAGGGGAAUGGUAACCUUGCCCAGUAGCGUGCAUCCUGCAGUUCGUCGCACUACGGGGAAAACGUGGUGGACAACAGAGCGAGCGGCUGUUAAAGAAGCAGCAUUCCAGUCAUACAAGUCUCUCUAUAGGUUUGGCCUCGUGAAUGACCAUCUCCUUCCACUAACAAGGAAGCAAGAGUUUGGAUUGAAUGACUACGAUACUUUGCCGUCAAUAGUGGAAAUAUCAGAACAGCAUGACCCGUGGAGAGACUGGGCAUCGUCAUGGUCAACACCAGACUUCCAUCAAACCCGCAUAGCGGUGCGGCUGGAAGGAAAUGCGGAUUAUGAGUUUUUUAUGAAAUUGAACACCCCAGUUUCCUUGCCCCUGUUAAAUCCAAUGACUCUAUUUUGGGACAGUGAGAAUACAUUUAACUUAUCAUUCGCUCCUGCUGAGCGGGUAUCUUGUUUGACCACAGACGCGAUCCAGCAUAUGAGAGAGAUCACUGCAUUGUAUCUUCAGGUUGUUCGCUCUGGAGUAUUGCGGCCGGAGCGAGAUUUUGUGGCUUUGUUUGGGCCCGAUGUAUGCCACGAUGACUUGGAAGACUGCCUCCGCGAAAGCCAAGGAUACGAGGCUGCCCUUGAUGUCUUUAACCAAGGGAGAGAAGCGGGAAUUAUGGGUAUAGUUCGGGAUCUCUCGCAGCCGUACAGCGAACCACUCUUGUUCAAGAGGUGGCUCGUAUCUACACAAGAUCCCUCUAUUGUUGAAUUGGAAUGCGAGAGAUUUCCGCGACGGAGAAACCUUAUGCACCGCCAAACCCUUACAGCUCCUAAGCAGCCAGACACUGUUAAUAAUGACAGUCCUGAUCUACGCUCAAGGGUAUGCGUUCUGUCUGCUGAGACAUGCAUUGUGCAUAAGUUCCCACUCUCUGACUCUAUCUUUGGGCUUUUCAUUCCUGCCAUACUUGAUCGACUGGAGGCGACAUUAAUUGCAUCCAGACUAUGCGAGACUACUCUGCAAAAUAUUGGUUUCACAGGCACCGAACAUGUCAUUACGGCUAUCACUACACCAUCAGCCCAGGCGGUGACAAACUACCAGAGGUACGAAUUUCUCGGAGAUUCCGUUCUGAAAUUUACUGUUUCCUGCCAACUAUUCUUCCAACAUCCCAACUGGCAUGAAGGCUAUCUUUCUCAAGGACGAGAUGAUAUUGUUCAAAACCCUCGACUCGCACGAGCAGCUCUUGACCUUGGUCUUGAUUCAUUUAUCAUCAGCAAGCAGUUUAGCCCGCGGAAGUGGUCUGCUCCACUAAUAUCAGAGAAGAUAACGCAAGUCGCUUCUCGACGGACGAUGUCAACCAAAGUACUCGCCGACAUUGUUGAAUCAUUGAUCGGAGCAGCAUACCUAGACGGUGGUCAUGAAAAAGCACAGGCAUGCAUUCAUUUUUUCCUACCUGAAGUUAACAUGACCGCGCCAGCCAACGUGUCCUUGACUUCAUGUGCAGUCUCCAAAAACGACCGCCACAUGAUAAAUGAUCUCUUGGAAGAGCAAGUUGGCUAUUCAUUCCGCAACCGUUCUCUACUCCUGGAAGCUCUCACCCAUCCCUCAUGCCAGCAUGAUGCGUCCACACAGUCGUACCAGAGGCUAGAGUUUCUUGGCGAUGCAGUUCUCGACAUGGUCAUUGUUUCUACCAUUUUCAAACACGCGAUCGAGAUCCCUCAAGGCGAAAUGACUAUGAUAAAGCAUGCAAUGGUUAAUGCGAAUCUUCUAGCUUUUCUAUGCAUGGAGUUCGCCAUGGAGCAGGAAUCUAUAAACGUCGAGCAAACCCCGAGCGGUGGUUUCGCAAUAAAAUCUGACAAGGAGUAUGUCGAGCUCUGGCGUUUCAUGAGAUGUGAGGGUAUAAACUUGAGAACCGCUCAAGAAAGAGCCAUUUCGCGAUAUCACCUCUUACGAGAGGAGAUAUCCCUUUAUCUACACCAGGGCAAUCAUUAUCCCUGGCAAGCUCUCUCUCAGCUAAACGCCGACAAACUCUUUUCCGACAUUAUCGAGAGCGUUAUCGGAGCUAUUUUCGUCGACUCGCUCGGGAAUCUGGUCGAGUGUGAGAUGUUUGCGGAACGCAUCGGGCUACUACCAUAUCUCCGGCGGAUUCUGGCAGGUGGCAUCAAUGUCGCGCAUCCUAUGAAUAUUGCCCAGCAAAUGUCUAAAGGGAACGUUCAAUUCAGUGUGAAACGGAUCCAAGUUGAGAAUGGCGAUGCCAGCUAUCAAUGCGCGGUUACGCUGGAUGGUCAUGAGGCCGUAGUUGUAGAAGGUUGCUUGUCCAGGGAAGAGGCAGAGGUCAAGGCUGCUAAUGGCGCGAUCGAAAUUCUCAUGCAGUUGGCUGCAACUACCACUAGUGAGCAGUGA